CAUUGCGAGCUACAGCUUCCUUCCGGUUGAAUGACCAUAUAAAACGCGGCAAUGUUGUUGCCCUCGUUAUAUAUAUAUGUGUAGAAAAAUAACAGUUGUGAGUGUAUACACAGUGCUUGUGCGAGAAAGUGAGUGAGAAACCUAAGCGAAUAAGCGAAAAGCGUAGGAAGGCAGAUGCAGUGUUAGCUAAGGCAACAAGCAACCUAGAAAAUACGGCGGAAAAGCUAGCAGACACACACACACACAAACUAAGUACAUAGUGGUCUACACAUUUGAAGUAUAUACACGUGGGUAUGUACAUGUGUGCCAUAAAAGUCAAGCUAACGAGUGCAAGUAGGAACGAAUAACUGUAUGCGCCACGUUGCGUUGCAAGUCAAGAUACAUGCCACAGCCAGUGCCAGGCAACAAUUGAAAACCGAAAGAAAAGUGAAAAUUCUAUUGUAUGCGAAUGUAAAACGGGUCGAGAAAGAAUCGCAAACGACACACACGCACACAUACACACAGACAGAAAAAUAUUGGUAAAAUUGUCAUUAUAAAUCUAACGUCGCAGACGCUCGGCAAACGAAAAUUCAGACAAAAAAACAAUAGAAAAGCAAUAAGUGUAAGAAAGUGAGGUGUUGGUGCGACAGUUGGAGCAGCGGCGGCAGCAGACGACAGCAGAUUUUACGCUCAAAGUGCUAUAAAUUAACGUACGACGACCUUAAACGAAGUUCAGACAGCCAAAAGCAAAGGACAGCAGCCGUAGACGCCCACAACUAAGCCGGUUGCAAACGCUGCAGUGACGGUGUGUGUGUGCAGAAGAAGUAGCAGCAUCAUUUUAGCAACAGAUUUACCUUGCAAGCUGGUGUUGCGCCAGCUACGGAGCCGCCGACGCCGUUUGUUGACACUCUCACUAAAGAUUAAUCAAUAAGUGGAAAAGUACAAGUGCAACCACAUAUACCCACACACACACGCAUACAUAUAAAGAUUAUACACUCUUGGUGCACAUAUUAAAAUCACAAACACACAUGCAACGGGCGAGUGGUGAGCCCGUGCAGCAGUAUUAAGUGCAAAAGUAGCAGCAGCCGCAAAAUAUUUGAAUUGCUUCGGAAACCAAACGUCCAGUCGCGCCAAAACCAGUCGGCCACUCAGCAAGCCAGCCAGCCAGUCAGUGGCCUUCAACACCGCACCGCACCGCACCGCACCGCACCACAUCAACUAAGCAGCAACGUCCACUUUUGUUUUUAAUAGUGUCAAACAAACGGGCGCCCAGUUGUCGCCAAGCGAACGAACGACUACUAACCCAGCUAGCUAAGUAGUUGACGCUGCCAGAGGACAGCAGUUGUUUUAAAAGUUUUCGAGUAGCAACCGGCAAAAUUCAUUCGCAAAUUAUGCUGGCCAUGUCAACACUGAUGAUGCCAGCUCCCACCAUAGCGAUGGGGGCGCCGCCGCCGAUUACAAUGGGACCACAUAAGCCACCGGAAACGAAACUGCUCGCCAUACAUCCGGCAGCUGUUGCGGCAAAUGGAGCUGGUGGCGUCGGCCAGCAGUCGCAUUUACAGCAUAACGGUCAGCAUCCGCAGUCACAACAGCAACAGCUGCCACCGAAUCAGCAGCAACAGCAAUCCCAGCAGACGCAGCAACAGCAACAAAUCUCAGCCGGCAAUAAUAAUAGCAACAAGCCAGAAAAGCGUGAUGACGAUUUAGCUUAG